GAUGCCGGAAGUGACGUAAUUCACGCAUGCGUGUACGUAUGUGGUCUUCCUGAACCGAUCGUGUUGCGACAGCUAUUGUGGUUAUUAUAGUUAUUAUUGUUCGACAUAUAUGCGUGUACACUUAUAUGUCGUUCAAAGGAGUAAACAUCGUUCAUCAUUAUUUGUAAUUUGACACACUAGUCUGAGCACACUUAGAGGCUUUUCGUGCUUCGCUAGCUUAGCUUGCUAAUUAGCUUAGCUUGUUAGCUGCUAACAAAGAGACGCGGAAGUUAUCAACACAUCGCUAAGUAUAGAUCAAAUGUGAGUGUAAAGUGUUGUGAUUGUGUGAAAAUGUGCGAAAGAACGAUAACCGUGUACGAGGAGGAACUUUGUCCAAGAAAAGAGGCGAAGGCGCCACAUCGUCAACCCUCUGUUGUUUUCAAGGGGCCCAAUGUUGUGUUACACAGAGCAGAUGUCCCGCAGCUGAUUAGAUGUCAAGAAGAAUGUCUCUCUCACUUGCACGGAGGAAACUUCACCUGGAAGCAGGAGGAUCCACAGCCCCCCCAUUUUAAAGUGGAAGAGAAGGAUCCACAAACCCCACAUUUUAAAGAGGAAGAAAAGGAUCUGGUCUCUGUGAAGACUGAAGAGCAUGAAGACGAACCACCUGAGUCCUCACAGCUUCAUCACAGUCCAAAUGUCCAGCAGCUGAUUGGACAUCAAGAAGAACCUUACAUUCAGUUGCCAAAGGGGGGCUCCACUUUGAAGCAGGAGGAUCCACAGCCCCCCCACAUUAAAGAGGAAGAGGAGGAAAUCUGUACCACUCAGGAGGGAGAGUGUCUUCAAGGGCAGGAGGAGGCUGAUCUCACCAAGUUUCCACUGACUGUUGUCUCUGUGAAGACUGAAGAGCAUGAAGACAAACCACCUGAGUCCUCACAGCUUCAUCACAGUCCAAGUGAGGAGAAGAGAGAGGCGGAGCCUCCAAGCAGCAGCUCAACACAACACAUGACAACAGAAGCUGAUGGAGACCACUGUGGAGGAUCACAAGCAGACAAGCUCUUAGCUCCACUAUCAGAUAGUGAGGACACAACGUCACACUCUCCUGACACUGAUGAUGAAGACUCUAAAGAUGAUAGGAUGACUGACAACACUCGUUUUAAAUGUUCUCACUGUGACAAAACCUUUAAACAGUGUCACUAUUUGAAAAUACACAUGAAAAUACACACGGGAGAAAAACACUUUUGUUGUUCAGUUUGUACAAAAGACUUUGUCCGGAAAUGGCAGUUGACGCGACACAUGAGAACGCACACAGAAGAAAAACAUAUCAAUUGUUCAUUUUGUGGUAAAACUUUCUCUAACAAAAGUGAAAUGCAAACACACAUGAGAACACACCCAGGAGAAACCCUCUACAGUUGUGCCGUUUGUGCAAAAGUCUUCAAUAGAAACUUCGAUUUGACACGACACAUGCGGACACACACUGGAGAAAAACCUUUCAGUUGUUCAUUUUGUGCAAAAGUCUUUUUCGUCAACUCUAAGUUGACCGAACACAUGCGGAUACACACAAGAGAAAAACAUUUCAGUUGUUCCGUUUGUGGGAAAGGCUUUAUUGAAAACUCUAAGUUGACUCGACACAUGCGGACGCACACAGGAGAAAAACCUUUUAGUUGUUCAGUUUGCGGCAAAAGAUUCUUUCGCAGUAGUCAUAUACAAAUACACAUGAGAAGACACACAGGAGAAAAACCUUUUAAAUGUUCGGUUUGCGCUAAAGGCUUUGUUGUAAACGCUAAGUUGACUGAACACAUGCGGACACACACAGGGGAAAAACCGUUCAGUUGUUCAGUUUGCACUAAAGGCUUUCUUGUAAACUCGAAGUUGACUGAACACAUGCGGACACACACAGGGGAAAAACCGUUCAGUUGUUCAGUUUGCACAAAGGGCUUUUUUGUCAACUUUAAGUUGACUGAACAUAUGCGGACACACACAGGAGAAAAACUUUUCACUUGUAUCAUUUGUGCAAAAGGCUUUGUUAGAAACUCCAAGUUGACUGAACACAUGAGGACACACACAGGAGACAAACCUUUCAGGUGUUCUGUUUGCGCAAAAGGCUUUGUACGAAAUUUUAAAUUGACUGAACACAUGCGGACGCACACAGGUGAAAAACCUUUCAGUUGUUCCGUUUGUGCAAAAGGCUUUACUGUAAACUCGAAGUUGACUGAACACAUGCGGACACACACGGGAGGAAAACCAUUCAUUUGCACAAACUGCGGCAAAAUGUUCUCUGAAAGGGGGACGAUGCUCUCACACGUGAGGACACACACAGGAGAAAACCUUAUCAGUUGUUCAGUCUGUGGUAAAAUAAUCUCUCAGAAACGUAAUAUGCAAAGACACAUGAGAACGCACACUUGAGAAAAACCAUAAUGUUGUUCAGUUUAUAGAAACUCUGAAUCAACUCAAUACAUGCGAACACACUCAGGACCAAAAGUAUUCAGUUCGUAAUAAAAGAUUGUCUCCCUAACCUAGUAUGCUGGCACACUUGAUAUUCAGAGGUGGGUAGUAACACGCUACAUUUACUCCGUUACAUCUACUUGAGUAACUUAUGGGAAAAAUUGUACUUCUAAGAGUAGUUUUAAUGCAACAUACUUUUACUUUUACUCCUCUCUAUUAUCUACAUUCAGCUCGCUACUCGCUACUGAUUUUUAUCGAUCUGUUAAUGCACGCUUUGUUUGUUUUGGUUUGUCAGACAGACCUUCAAAGUAGGAUCUAUCGCAUGCCUGCGUUUCACCAAUCAAAUACAGUCACUGGUGAUGUUUGACUCCGCAGGGCGGUCACAUGACCACAUGUGUCACGUGACCGCCUGGCUCUGUUUGAUUGGUUUCAGUGGCAAAACAACAACAACAAGCUUAAGCUUACAUGAACUCAACGUCAAAUUUGAGGAAGCACAUCGCGAUAAGUAACGUUAGUAGAUAUUUUGGCUGUCAUCGUAGGCUGAUGUUAGCUUCUCUGCUAUGAAUCACUGUCAAAUGUACAUCGUGUGGGGACAUUUAUUAACGCACUGCAGCCUCAUAGACAGACAGAGACACACACACACACGCAUGGAUAGAAACGCCAUUCAGAAGUGCACAGUGUGUUCUCAGGUGUAGCCCACACCUAUCAGUUUAUGGUUUGUGUAAAGGCUAACUUGUUAUUUUCCUUUGUAAUCUCUGCCUACUGAGCCUAUGGUGCUGUUAAAUUAUUGUGGCUCAAUUUGCCGUAAUUUUUUUAUGUUAAUGUAUUAUUAUUUAAUAUAUAUUAUUGUUUUAGUUGCUUAAGAGAUAUUCCUGGCUCUGAAUUUGCUCAUUGCUAUUUUUAUGUUUUUGUGCAUUAUUUGUUGCCGUCAUCAUUAAACGAACAGGUUACUCAUCAGUUACUCAGUACUUGAGUAGUUUUUUCACAACAUGCUUUUUACUUUUACUCAAAUAAAUAUUUGGGUGACUACUCCUUACUUUUACUUGAGUAAUAAACCUCUAAAGUAACAGUACUCUUACUUGACUACAAUUUCUGGCUACUCUACCCACCUCUGUUGAUAGUACACACCGGAGAAAAACCUUUUGGUUGUUUAGUGUGUUAUUAAAGAUUACCUCGCAAUUCAAAUCGCAAAUACACAUAAUAACACACAUAUGAGGAUAAUAUUUUCUUUUUUGGAAGUCCUCUUACACUAUUGAUCUACUGCAGGGCUACUCUAAGAGUCCGGAUACAAGUCCGGGUCUGGACCAUGAGUCAGUCUAGGCACUAUCUGGACCCAUCCAUCCCACCUUAUGUUAAAAAUUACACAAUAAUACUACAUUUAUUUGGUGUACUGGUAAAGCAAGAAAGAAAGAAAUGGUUUGUAAUGGUAAGUGGAGUAUGUUUAUAUAUGAUCCACAGCGAUCCAUUAAAAAUAAUGUGUUCACAUAAGUGUUCAAAUACUUUCACCUUCACUUAAACACAGUUACCCUGAAAUUUGAUGAAGCAGUCCAUCAUGAAUAAUAAUCAUUUAUCUCUAUGUAUUAUUAUUUGGCGCUCUUUUGAUACGUCUUUUAAAAACACAUCCUCUUUGCUCAGCAUCAGGCUGUGUUGACCUUUGACCCUGCCCUGUCACAUCAUAAAGGUUGUUUUUGUCUCCAUUUUCCCUGCAGACCAAAGACGGCAAACAACAGAUUGUCUUUUGGUCUUAACAUGUUGUCCUGAGUUCUGAGGUGUGUUAAGGUGGAAUUUGUCACAAUUCCAAAACGAGUCAAUUGUCUCAUUUGCAAGUAUAGAACGUCUUGUUUAUCAACCAUUUCCACAGUAGGCUACUUUUAAGUGAAUAUGUACUAAAAGUGUAUUUUUCUACUUCUGAGAAUGUACAAGUUGACCGUAUCCAAAUAUUAUCUUGUAAUAUUGUUGUAACAUCGACCAAGUUGCAGCGCUGUAACCUUUACAUGUGACCUUGUAGAAUAAAAUUAUGUCAACCGCGACUAACGACUUGAUCCCUGGAGCUGUUCA